AUGUUCACCACCAAAAACCACAAAACCACCAAACCACAACCCCAACCUCAACCACAGCAAGUCGCGAUCCAAGAUGGACAAGUAAUCGGCACGUCUCCCCCUUCCCCUUUCCCUCCCUUUAAGCCCCCUACUAACCCCUCCCAAGGCGUCCUCAUCCGCCGAACCUCCACCUGGAAAAAACUCAAAACCACCACCACCAAAGCCGUCAAAGUCGUCACCCCCAACAAACGCACCGCCGCUCCCCCUCCAGGCCGCGAGUACCUCCGUCGCGCCAAACCUACAGGCGAAAACCAAUCCUUCUACCGAUCCUCCUACCUCGCCCUCAACCCCCAACGCCAAUGGGACCUCUACAUCGCCGGCCUCGCCCCGCAAGGCGUCCCCGCUCCUCGUGGUCCACCACCUCCCCAGAAGGGGGUGACGCCGAGACAGUUCAAAACAGUAAAUGUGAUGUACUUGACCAAACCCAGCCCUAGCGGGGUGCAAGCAGGCACGAUAAGCUACCUACCUGACGCGUUUGAGGUUGCAAAGGGCAAGAAAAAGAUCGUCAAGAAUCCGAACCCGGAUGCCUUGCCUGCUUUUCCCACGCCGGGGCAGGGGAAGGUUGUUGUGAGGCCUGUUAAACAGGGUCAGGGGCAGCAACAACAGCAGAAGGUGAGGGUUAGUACUCAGGCGCAGGGCAGGCCGGUGCAGCAGGCUGUUAGGGUUCAGCAACAGCCUCAGCUGCGGGUGAGGGUGCAGGUGCAGCAGCAGCAGCAGCAGCAGUACGUCCAAGUUGCGGUGCCAGUUACCCAGGUUCAGAGGCCGCAGACGCAGCAGUUCGUUGCUGUGCCGGUUGGUCAAGUACAGCAGCAGGUUGUGAGGCCGGUUAGCCAGGUUGUUCAACGGCCUGUUCAGCAGCAGCAGAGGCAGCAGAGGCCGCAGACACAGUUUGUUACUGUGCCUGUUCAGCACGUGCAGAGGCCACAACAGCAGCAGCAGCAGUUUGUUGUUUUACAGACUGUAGCUCAGCCGCAGCCUCAACAGCAGGUUGUGAUGAUUCCGGCUGUUAAUACUCAGCCGGUGAGACAGCAGGUGAGGACUGGUGGAAUGAGAGUGCCUGGGCAGAGUGUAGUUACUGUGAGGGCUUGA